CAGAAAGAUAGCUAACGGAGCCGCAAAUUCCAUAGAGCAUAACCCUAAUCUUAUAAAAACACAAUCGUAAAAAGUUCAGUUCUUUUGGAACGAGCCAGAGCAGUCGUAGCAGAGUAGUGGUAAAGAAAAUGGGUUUCAAGGGGACGAAAGCAGAGAAGAAGGUGAUCUACGACAAGAAGAUAUGCGAGAUGCUGGAGGAGUAUUCGCAGGUGCUAGUGUGCCUCGCUGACAAUGUGGGUUCCAAACAGUUGCAGUCCAUUCGGCAGGGCCUCCGCCCGGACUCCGUCGUGCUCAUGGGCAAGAACACCAUGAUGAAGAGAUCCAUUCGCAUUUAUGCCGAGAAGACUGGGAACAUAGCUUACCAAAACUUAAUUCCGUUGCUUAUGGGAAAUGUUGGUCUUAUUUUCACAAAAGGUGACUUGAAGGAGGUGCGCGAGGAAGUAGCAAAAUAUAAGGUUGGAGCUCCAGCACGUGUGGGUUUGGUUGCUCCUGUUGAUGUGGUUGUUCCCCCUGGAAACACUGGUCUAGAUCCAUCUCAGACUUCUUUCUUCCAGGUGUUAAACAUUCCAACAAAAAUUAACAAGGGUACUGUCGAAAUUAUAACACCUGUAGAGCUUAUUAAGAAGGGAGAUAAAGUCGGUUCUUCUGAGGCAGCUUUGCUUGCCAAACUUGGUAUUCGCCCAUUUUCAUAUGGGCUUAUUGUACAGACUGUAUAUGACAAUGGAUCAGCAUUUGAUCCCGCUGUUCUUGAUCUUACAGAAGAUGAUUUAAUUGAGAAAAUUUCUGCUGGUAUUUAUAAUGUGGCAGCACUUUCUCUGGCUGUCAAUUAUCCUACAUUAGCAGCUGCUCCACAUGUAUUCAUUAAUGGUUACAAGAAUGUUUUAGCUGUUGCAAUUGCAACUGACUAUUCCUUCCCACUGGCAGAAAAAGUGAAAGAGUAUUUACAGGAUCCAAGCAAAUUUGCUGUUACUGUUGCCCCAGUUGCUACAGAAUCUGCUGCUCCUGCUGCACGUGCUCCGAAGGAAGAGGAAAAGAAACCCGAACCAGAAGAGGAGUCUGAUGAUGACAUGGGUUUCAGUCUAUUUGAUUAGAAUAUUUUUUCAGAGUUUGUUUGGGUUGACUUGCUAUAAACAGGUCAAGUCAAAGAGAAUUUUGUUUUUAGGGAAUUUUAGUAUUCUUCGGAUUUGUUGUUGCAUAUCAUUAUAAGCGGAGUUGGUAUUAGUUGCCAAGUGGGGGUGUAUGAAUGCUUCCUCUUAAAUUUUGAAGCUAAAAGGAAUCAUUCAAUCCUUAAUUUUUAAAUGUUCUAUCAGUCUUUUAUGUCUUGGAAAAAUUAAAUCUUGUAAAAUGGAAUCAAACUACCAAAAGUGCUUGGAUCAUAUUUUUCAA